GGUCUGUGCAACCAUUCAAAGUCCGCCUCCUUAUAUCACACACUCCUCUCUUCUCUUCCGCUUACAUCCGUUCCUCUUCUUAUACGACUCCCCUUCCUCUCCCUCACCUCCAUCAUCACUACCACCACCACAUUGACGAAUCGCCGUCACCCACAGUCGCUCAAUAAUCCCAUCCACAGUCCUUUUUUAUUCGAGUCCCGAUAGACCCACUCUUUAUAUCUGUCCGGAGUCCCACAGCUUUCUAGUCCGCCGUCGAACAGAAAUUACCCACCUUCUGAUAUCAAAAAACAUCCCACAACAUGAAGUUCUCCGUCCCCGCCAUCUUCUUGGCCUUCGCCGCCGCCGCAUCGGCUGCCCCCACAACCAGCUACUUCGCCGGGUUCAACUUGGGCCACACGCAUAAGAGCGGUAGCUGCAAGACCACCGCGGCAUGGACUCAAGAAUUUAAGAAGAUCAAGUCCUGGAGCACCGGUGGCAAGGGAACCUUCAACACCGUCAAGCUGUUCUCCACCAACGACUGCAACGCCCUUGAGAUGGCCGUGCCGGCUGCUAAGGCUGCUGGUGUCAAGAUCUGGGUUGGUGUUUGGAACACUCCCGAGGACAAGUUCAAUGCCGAGAAGGCUGCUCUUGAGAGAGCCCUGAAGGCGCACCCCGACACGGCUAAGUGGCUUGCCGGAAUCAACGUCGGCUCCGAGAGUUUGUACCGCAAGGACGUUCAGCCUUGGAGACUGGCCGAGCAGAUCUACGACGUCAAGGGAAUGGUCCAGACCGCGUACAAGUCCCCCAACACCCCCGUCGGUACUGCCGAUACCUGGACGAUGUGGGUUGAUGGCGCCAACGCCGCCGUGAUCAAGGCCUGCGAUGUUGUUCUCAUGAACGGCUUCCCGUACUGGCAGGGCGCCACCAUCGGCGAGUCGCUCGGAAAGUUCAAGGAUGCCAUUACCAACACCCGCAACGCCGUCGGAAUUAACAAGCCCUUCGUCAUCGGCGAGACCGGCCACCCCACCAAGGGCGACAACUUCGGCAAUGCCGUCGCUUCCGUCCAGAACGCUGCCGCCUACUGGAAGGCCGCCGCUUGCUACCUCCAGACCACCAACAUCCCGUGGCUCUGGUUCUCCGGCUUCGAUGAGCCCAACAAGUCUGGUACCAUCGAGCAGAACUUUGGUGUUGCUCUCAGCAACCAGCCCCUCAAGUUCAGCCUGAAGUGCUAAAUGUUUUUGAGUCGUGUGCUUGGUGGGUGGGUGUUUUGGCUUUGCUUUAUUAGACGGGGGUUUUGGAAUGCCUGAGGCCCCCCCUGGGUCGUUACGUUAAUCAUUGCUUGCGCGCGUCGACGGAUGGAUUGGAAACGUUUCUUACGAGGGGUUUUUCAUACCGUCCUUUUGGUAAUAGAAGGGGGCGCUCGCUCGGGGGUAGUUAAUUGUUAAUUGACGCUGCGAGGGCUGGUUUGUGUCA